AUGGAGGAGCACACUGAAGCGCACGCUUACAAACCACUGCUUAGUCAAGAGUCCCUAAUUGAUGAAGUCGACUCAGAUUCUGACGAUUUAACUGUCAAGAAGAAACCUGUAAAAAAAAAAGAGCUCUCAAAACUGGGCUUUGAGUGGACCGUUCACAGCCUAAGAACCAGGGGUCCUUUUCUACCAGUCUCCAGCGUUCUGGGCAGUGUUCUGGACAGUGUUCUGGACAGUGUUCUGGACAGUGUUCUGGACAGCGUUCUGGACAGUGUUCUGGACAGUGUUCUGGACAGCGUUCUGGACAGUGUUCUGGGCAGUGUUCUGGGCAGUGUUCUGGGCAGUGUUCUGGGCAGCGUUCUGGACAGUGUUCUGGACAGUGUUCUGGGCAGGGUUCUGGACAGCGUUCUGGACAGUGUUCUGGACAGCGUUCUGGACAGUGUUCUGGACAGUGUUCUGGGCAGUGUUCUGGGCAGUAUUCUGGGCAGCGUUCUGGACAGUGUUCUGGACAGUGUUCUGGACAGUGUUCUGGGCAGCGUUCUGGACAGUGUUCUGGACAGUGUUCUGGACAGCGUUCUGGACAGUGGUCUGGGCAGCGUUCUGGGCAGGGUUCUGGACAGUGUUCUGGGCAGUGUUCUGGGCAGGGUUCUGGACAGUGUUCUGGACAGUGUUCUGGGCAGCGUUCUGGACAGCGUUCUGGACAGUGUUCUGGACAGUGUUCUGGGCAGUGUUCUGGACAGCGUUCUGGACAGCGUUCUGGACAGUGUUCUGGACAGUGUUCUGGGCAGCGUUCUGGACAGCGUUCUGGGCAGCGUUCUGGACAGUGUUCUGGACAGCGUUCUGGACAGCGUUCUGGACAGUGUUCUGGACAGUGUUCUGGGCAGCGUUCUGGACAGCGUUCUGGGCAGCGUUCUGGACAGUGUUCUGGACAGUGUUCUGGACAGUGUUCUGGGCAGCGUUCUGGACAGCGUUCUGGGCAGCGUUCUGGACAGUGUUCUGGACAGUGUUCUGGGCAGCGUUCUGGACAGCGUUCUGGACAGCGUUCUGGACAGUGUUCUGGACAGUGUUCUGGACAGUGUUCUGGACAGCGUUCAGGAGCUCUCAAAACUGGGCUUUGAGUGGACCGUUCACAGCCUAAGAACCAGGGGUCCUUUUCUACCAGUCUCCAGCGUUCUGGACAGUGUUCUGGACAGUGUUCUGGACAGCGUUCUGGACAGUGUUCUGGGCAGUGUUCUGGACAGUGUUCUGGACAGUGUUCUGGACAGUGUUCUGGACAGCGUUCUGGACAGUGUUUUGGACAGUGUUCUGGACAGCGUUCUGGACAGUGUUCUGGGCAGUGUUCUGGGCAGUGUUCUGGGCAGCGUUCUGGACAGUGUUCUGGACAGUGUUCUGGGCAGGGUUCUGGACAGCGUUCUGGACAGUGUUCUGGACAGUGUUCUGGGCAGUGUUCUGGGCAGUGUUCUGGGCAGCGUUCUGGACAGUGUUCUGGACAGUGUUCUGGACAGUGUUCUGGGCAGCGUUCUGGACAGUGUUCUGGACAGUGUUCUGGACAGCGUUCUGGACAGUGGUCUGGGCAGCGUUCUGGGCAGGGUUCUGGACAGUGUUCUGGGCAGUGUUCUGGGCAGGGUUCUGGACAGCGUUCUGGACAGCGUUCUGGACAGUGUUCUGGGCAGCGUUCUGGACAGCGUUCUGGGCAGCGUUCUGGACAGUGUUCUGGGCAGCGUUCUGGACAGUGUUCAGGGCCUUCUGGGCAGCGUUCUGGACAGUGUUCUGGACAGUGUUCUGGACAGCGUUCUGGACAGCGUUCUGGGCAGCGUUCUGGGCAGUGUUCUGGACAGCGUUCUGGACAGCGUUCUGGGCAGCGUUCUGGGCAGCGUUCUGGACAGUGUUCUGGACAGCGUUCUGGGCAGCGUUCUGGACAGCGUUCUGGACAGCGUUCUGGACAGUGUUCUGGACAGCGUUCUGGACAGCGUUCUGGACAGCGUUCUGGACAGCGUUCUGGACAGUGUUCUGGGCAGUGUUCUGGGCAGCGUUCUGGACAGUGUUCUGGACAGUGUUCUGGACAGCGUUCUGGACAGUGUUCUGGACAGUGUUCUGGGCAGCGUUCUGGACAGUGUUCUGGGCAGCGUUCUGGACAGUGUUCUGGACAGCGUUCUGGGCAGCGUUCUGGACAGCGUUCUGGACAGCGUUCUGGACAGUGUUCUGGACAGCGUUCUGGACAGUGUUCUGGGCAGUGUUCUGGGCAGCGUUCUGGACAGUGUUCUGGACAGUGUUCUGGGCAGCGUUCUGGACAGUGUUCUGGACAGUGUUCUGGACAGCGUUCUGGACAGUGUUCUGGGCAGUGUUCUGGACAGCGUUCUGGACAGUGUUCUGGACAAUGUUCUGGGCAGCGUUCUGGACAGUGUUCUGGGCAGCGUUCUGGACAGUGUUCUGGACAGCGUUCUGGACAGUGUUCUGGACAGUGUUCUGGGCAGCAUUCUGGACAGUGUUCUGGACAGCGUUCUGGGCAGCGUUCUGGACAGCGUUCUGGACAGCGUUCUGGACAGUGUUCUGGACAGCGUUCUGGACAGUGUUCUGGGCAGUGUUCUGGACAGUGUUCUGGACAGCGUUCUGGACAGCGUUCUGGACAGUGUUCUGGGCAGUGUUCUGGGCAGCGUUCUGGACAGUGUUCUGGACAGUGUUCUGGACAGCGUUCUGGACAGCGUUCUGGACAGCGUUCUGGACAGUGUUCUGGGCAGCGUUCUGGACAGCGUUCUGGACAGUGUUCUGGGCAGCGUUCUGGACAGUGUUCUGGACAGCGUUCUGGACAGUGUUCUGGGCAGUGUUCUGGACAGGGUUCUGGACAGUGUUCUGGACAGUGUUCUGGACAGUGUUCUGGGCAGCGUUCUGGGCAGUGUUCUGGACAGGGUUCUGGACAGUGUUCUGGAGGCGCGUCACACGCUGGAGGAAAGAGCGAGGAAGAGGCCCACAGCCCCCCUGGGACUCCAUUCCCACCGGCGCUUCCUGCGAUGGUUACGCAAGUGA